AUGAUGUGGCAGCUCCUUCUCGCCUUCGGUGGCACGGCCUCCGCCUUGGAACCCAUUGGAGAACCUGAAUUAAUCGAUGGAGUAUGGUGUUACACAUAUCUCUCAUCCUAUCUUGUCGCCGUUGGAGCAGAAACUGCUGAAGCAGCCAUUCCCACAGCACCAGCUUUGCCGUCAACUCAACGUGGGAUACUCCCUACGUAUUUCACGAAUCGAUCAACUUCUGUGUUUCCAUCAACAUUUCAGGGCAUCGCUGAGCCAUCGUCGGCGUUGCAAUCAACCAUCGAAGUCAUUACUGAAUCGUCUGAGGUUAUCGAAGAAUCUACCCGUACAUUCGAUCUAUCGUUCUCGUCUGCUCUUCCUCUUUCGACAGACGAGGAAGAGCUACGAACAACAUCAACAAAGUCAGAUAUCACUACACAAACCUCGGCCGAAGUCUCUGCAACUAGCUCCGAAGCAGUAUCUGGACAGAACGUUAUCUUUCUCAUAUCUCCUAGUGUCAGCAAUAAAAGGCGAGGCCUUGAAAAGAUAGCCAAAGGGGGCUUUGUCGGUAACGGAAAUACCUCAAACGUCAGAAUUUGCACAAAUGCCGCUACCUUCACACUGGCUGGAGGACAGCUGUUGGAUUCUGGAAAACCUGUCUACUACAAUGGAGAGCCGUUCAAAGAAUUGACAGGACGGGGAGAUACACCAGACGGAGCUGUCACUAGGGACUUCGCGAGUGUAGCUGGGGAGCUUAAAUUUACUAACACAGACUUGCCUGAUGGUGAGGCUGACUUCUGCCAGGAUCCCGACAGUGGCCAAGUCUUCAUGACAUUUGGGCCGCGUCCGUCAGACUGUGUCCCCGUUACACUACGCGUCUAUCAAGAUACGUCACACCUCCAUACUAAGAAUCGGGACUAA